AUGGCGGCAAUAAACCUUAACACUCUCAAAGAGUGCCUUCAGUUUCUGGAGUGGCUGAAAGGUCGUAAAUGGGCUGAUCUGAGAACGCGGCUGGCUGGUAGACUGGCGAGACUUCUCGACAAAAAGUAUGAAGGUGUUGAUCAUAAGCAAAUUGAAUCAUCUUUAUCCAUAUUUCUCGGUCACGUGUCAACGUUUCAUCAUAAAUUAUGCAAUAGAGCAGGUCAGAGUAAUAUUAAUAGAUUUACCGCGAAAGACGCCCUAGAGGCUCUCCUGCAGUGUAUCCCCAAAUUGCUUUCCGUGAUAUACUUUUUACAAUAUCAUGUGGAUAAGAGAUUCUCUAAAGUUGGCGGCGGGGAUUGGGAAGGAGAGCAGGUUGGAAGGAUUGCAUGGUUCUCUACAUAUGGUCCUGAUUUCGUGAAACGAAUGAAAUCCAGUGCUGGUCCAAUUGAUAAAUAUCUCAUUGAAUCUUCCGGUUCAGAAUACGGUGUCAUACCUGGAGGAUUCGAUGCAAGCGAUCUAAAGCAACUUGGUCACGGUGGCUAUUCCGAGGGCCGUCUCAUGACUAAGGACCUUGUAAAUAUUUUCGACAAAGAUGUCAAUCGUAAUAAUCUCUUCCGCGAUGUUUUCGUCACUUCUGCAGUGUCCAAAAACCCGUCUGUUGAAAAGGCGAAUAUAGCCAAUGCUCUUCGUUUGGUGGAAGACUUUUGUGGUAUUUUCAAAAAUUCGAAGAAUGCGGAAGAUUUCAAAAGUCACUUAGAAUCGAGAGGCAGUUGCAUCAAUUGGGAUGAUUUAAAACAGCAUUGCUCAACACUGAAAGAUAAAUUCAGCAAGCUUUUUACAAAUAACCGGUUCUCCUUCACAGGCUAUGGGCGAACAUAUGAAUUCCUUGACAAAUCCAUGGAUAAAAAAAUGGCAAAGUGGCUUAAAAAUAACUUGAAUGCAAUGCGAAACCAAUUGGGGGGAGUAGGUGGCAGGUUGGAUGUCAAAACAUUUGUCGACACAUAUCUUAUACCGUACGGAUUCACAUUUAAUGGCUAUAAAGUAGGAACGGGAAGAGAUAAUUAUCAGGCGCUGAAAAAAGAUUGGGAUGCUGUAAUUGGUGAACUCAAGAAAGACAAUGGGGGGUUGCAAAAGUUGAAACAGCUUUUAGAUGGUACCCUGUGUCCAAAUAGAAAAAAGGAUAAGCAGCCUAAGACUGACUCUGAGCCUAAGCCUGGGCCUGAGCUUAUAGAUGAGGAUGACGAUGAAGAUGAGGAUGAAGAUGAGGAGGAGCCUUGGGAUGACAAUCUUGUGUAUGAAGAUACUGGAUUAGAGGCUGAAAAUGCUGCUCCCAUUAAACCCAAAGCGGAAGCUCCGCCUGCCAAGGUCCCCGAAAUUAAGAAAUCCGACGGAACUCCAAACCAGGGCAAGAAAGUGGAGGGAGCACAGAACCAGGGCAAGAAGGCGGAGGGAGCACAGAACCAGGGCAAGAAGGCGGAGGGAGAUACAAGUCAAAAUGGUCAGAGUGAAGCAAAGUCUCCUAGUUCACGAGUUUCACAGGUGGUACAAACUCAGCCUUCAAGUAAUUCAAGUGCAGACUCUGAGCCACCCGGUGCCCCUGGUCCCGGUAGUGGUCAGGGCCCGGGUGACCAGGCGGCUACCUCCGGCGCUAGUCAACAGAGUGGUAGAGAGGGCCAGACAAGUAGUGGCGGCGAUGCUAUAUCGUCCACUAACGAUGGUGUGGGUGGCGGUGGGAUGGAUGGGUGGAAGGCAGGCAUAGGGGUUCACGCUCCACCUGAUCAGAAAAUUACACAAACAUGCCCAUUAGGUUUGACACAAAAAGUAGAGAAUGGUAAAACACACUGUUAUCCACCAAAUCACAAGCGCAUCACGCCCAACUAUGAAUUUAAUUACACAGCUGAUCAAUUGUGGAAUAACUACAUAAAACGGGAAUACUCCCCCAAAUCACCUACAAAUCUGCAAACCAAGCAUUAUUCCAUCGGUGGCUCUCAACCCAGCCAUACUGCUCCCGCACCUUCCGGUCAGAAUACCGGUGGCCGCAAUGGUCAUAGGCGUGAUUACUAUGAACCAGAAUGGCGACACAGGCAACAGGGUAGCGACUUACCGCCCUCUGUUCCUCUGCUUGCACCUCUCGAUGGACAUCCAGUUAUCGAGAGCACUCCGGACCCUAAUGAAAAAGAUAGGGAGGAUAAAUUUUUGAAAGCUACGCAAGACAUUUUGGGCGACCAUAUAACGAGAAAAGAAAAAUGGGAUGAGAAGCAACAGCAAGACAAUGAAAAAAUUAAACAAGAUAGAGAAGCUGCAGAAAAUAAAUAUAAGUCGGAGGCAAGAACACAAGAAAUCAUUCAACGCAUCCAAGAACGGAAUGAAAAGAGAAAGCAGACAGCCCAGGAUCUUGACAAAAGGUACGAAAAAACCAGAGAAGAAAUCUGGGAAAUUCAAAAGCAGAAAAACUUGGCAUAUAUAGAAACCGGCGCAGAUGAAGAUACCCAAACGAGAUUACAGCAAGAACGAUCAGAGCAAAAUAAGACAUCAGAGCAGCAAAACAUUAGUGCGUAUCCCCCAACAUUCACACCCUCCACCAUUCCAAGGCAGCCCAGCCGUCCUGCUCCCGCACCUUCCGGUCAGAAUACCGGUGGCCGUAAUAGUAAUGGACGUGGUUACUAUGAAUUAGGAGAGUGGCGACCAAGACAUGAGGUUAGUAGUGCUACAAAUAUGUUGCCUUCCGAUUUCAUUGCGUUUGCCAUCCCGGACACGUCUUCUAAGCGGCUAGAAAAGGAAAAACAAAAAAGGGCGGAAUCCGAUAAACAACGUUUAAAAUUGAGAAGGCAAACAGAGGAAAAGAAAUUUUCAGAUAAACAGCAAGAAGCAUGGAUGAAAGAAGCUGUGGAACUAGAAAAGGCGGACGAUAGAUUGAAGCAAGGUCUGAGAGACCAUCUUCUUACUGGUGGCCAGCUUAAGAAUCCAAAUGCAGAUUUCGUGUUGGUAUCAGGAGCUCCGAUUGAACCUCCACAAUCUGUUCUAUUGGAAGGGAUGGUUUUGAAGGAUAAUAGUAACCCUACCGCAAAGUGGCAACAUGACGCAUAUAAGCAGUAUUUUGCAAGAUAUCCCGAAGUAAUGGGUACCAUCAUACCUGCUCCCAUGACGGAGCGUGCUCCACACCUGUCACCAUUAGAUGCUAUGCCAACUGGUAACCCUAUAAUCCACCCAAAAAGUUCGAGUGCAUCAGCGUUUCGAAAUACUCAAGCCGAUAAACCGUCUAUGACACCUAAUCGCAUGCAUCCAACAGGAAUCGCUGCUCGACAAAACAAACAUUCUGUUCUUGCCUAUGCCCCCCUUUCGCCCACAACUGAAUCGAUAGAUGACUUGUCCACGGCCAGGUUUUUGAGUGUCUCCGGCAGAAGUCUGACAAAAUCAUCAAAAGCCGAUGCCAAGGCUCCCGUGUUACAGGAGAUAGAUCCACCAGUUCCACAAUCCAUGUUUGUCGGAUCCCCCGUCCCAGACGCCGAAUUGCCAUCAUCACCUAUUCCCCGAGCAACGUUCCUCACUGAGCCACAACCAACCAUGGGAUUCCAAAUAGAAUUCCCAAAACGCACUGUACGCAAAGUCGAGCCCGAAAUAGGUCUUUCCAUAGAGGUAGCUCACCAUGGCGAUCGCACUUUUAACGACGUGGACCUAGAUGACCCUUACGCCAACACGGCCGAUAUCCUUAAAGACGAAUUGAAGCCUUCAGACGACAAAGUCUCUUCAGGCCUGCCUAAAAACAAUUUUGAUCUGGACUUUGCGCCGGAACGUAUCGGACUUGAGGGGUACGAUGAUCCCGGGAUGCCACGUGACACUCCAAGGAAGGCAGAUGAACGCGUAAUUAACCCAUUUAGCACAAAUGAAUGUCUCAACCCUUGGUCCGUUGACACUUCUACAACUGAUAUAAUCACUCCACCUGCCUCGCCUCCCCCACUCACCGACCAUCUGCCCCCGCCUCGAACCGUACGGGAAAUGCUCUACUGGCUGGUCGGCUUUAAUCAAUUAGGGUAUAUCGGAGUGAUUACUGAGAAUGUUAAUAGUCUUUUUAAAGAUCUUAAAAGUGAUGCCAUCGAAGUCACCGGGGAUCCCAUCACCCUGACCGCCUCCAUGGUCACCACCAAACUGACCGAGGCGUGUCUCUACUCAGCCACCGUUAUCUACAAGAUAAAGCAUAACAAUGAUUUCGAAGCCUUUGCUACCUUCGACUUCAAAUCAGUAUAUAGUCAGUUCCGUUAUUCCACCGACCCCGCCGGGCUCCUCUGCCAGCUGCGUGACUACGUGUACGCCUGCCACCACCAGUUGGGGUUCCUCAAGUCGCAGUGUUCACGCAAUGAGUUACAUGGUGGUUGGCAAGAUUGUAAGUACGGCAGUGACAUCACUGCUUCUAACUCCCCCCUCCAGGCGUUCCUGACCGACGACUGGGACUCCACCUUUGAGACUCACCCCUUCGACCCGUGCAACCUGUGCCUCAACAGCAGGGUCAGGAUGGGAUUCAGGGAUGAAGACUUACCGAGUAGUCAACAAACAGGCAACACCCUUUCCUCCAUCCUCACUCCCAGCUGCGGCGGUGAGGGCCAUGAUGCGCUACUCGGCACAAAAUGGUAA